CAAUACAUAACACUUCCUCUUCUCACCUCGACAACCCUCUCAGCCUGUGCCAGCAAAGAUGGCAGAUCCGUUCGAGGUUCGCAUGCGCUUCACUUCGCUCCUCCACCACCUGAAUGCUAGCACAUCCUCCGCCAUCAAGACCGCCAACUACGCCGUCAAGUACUCAGAAUUCUCGGACGAUCUACAUUCGUGUAUCCUAGAGCAGUUGGAGCGCAACAACAUGAACAACCGCGCGAAUAUCAUGUACUUCCUGCCCAGUCUCUGCGAGGUUGCCCGGGAAAAGGGCGAAGUCGGCUACGGCAGGAUGAUGGAGCGUGACAUUCUCAGGAUAGUUGACGCUGUCGCACCGGAUGAUGGCAGCGGAGCGGCGAAUGUGAAGGUGGUUCGCAAGGUGUUGAAGCAGUUGGAGGGGAAGAGCUUUCUACAGCCGCAAACGGUGGUGGAGCUAGAAGAGUGCAUUGUUGGGCGCGACCAGCUCGAUGGCGCUGUCACGUCGCCCACCAAGCCUGAUGUCACGGUGGACGUCAUGAUGCGUGAUGCGACUUUACCUUCUGCGACUGUACGGUCGACACCGCACUCCAGUACGCGAGAUGCCUAUGCGAGCAGCAACGGAAUACGGCUAGACAAGCGACAGAUUGAGCAACGCAUAGAGGAGGAUCGAGAACGGCACAAGCGGGCGCGCGAAACUAUCUGGGCCGUGCCGCAGGAAGGGUCUACGUUGAAGGACGAUGCGGAGUUCGACAAGACAUGGGACGGCGCGAGCGAGGUUAAUGACGAUGACUGGCAGUUGACCGCAGAAGGCGCGGAGGAGAGAGCGGUAGGGCUUGAGUACGAGGACACGUGACGCUCUUCAGAGGAGUCAUGUUUGGCGAUCUUUUCUGGUUUAGCGAGGUGUUUUAGGCGUUCUUAUACCCUUGUUGUAGUGACCGCAGUGGUCCUGUAGCUUGUAGCGCGAUCAUACAUUGCUCGACGUUCGUACACCAUAAUCUCGAGCCUCAAGCGCCACUCAAAUGCAUCCCAUGACACCCACGCGAACCGACGCAUACAACAAUUACUCCAUCUUUACCACUGCGCCUAGUGCUUUCAUUGUCUCAAUCAUCUUCUCCGCCUCCUCCUUCGGCACACCCUCCUUCAUCACCUUCGGCGCACUCUCCACAAAUUUCUUACUGUCCACCAAGCUCAAGCCGAGCAUGCUCUUGAUUUCCUUAAUGACCUUCGGCUUCGCUCCGGCAUCAAAAGACUCCAACUUCAAGUUGAAGAGCGUCUUCUCCUCCUUCGCUGGCGCUGCUUCUUCAGGUUCCUCCGCCGCCGCUGCC